AUCCCAGAUUCCCACCUUCGUGCUUAGUCAUCACUUGCUGCUCGUCUCAGUAUUUUAUAGCUGUUAUUUCCAAAGUUUCGCUAACGAACGAGAGAGAGGGAGAGAGAGAGAGAGAGAGAGAGCAUAAGCGCACGUUAUCUGCAGGUGGUGUUUCUUCAGACAACAAAGAUACGAUUGGGCGUGAAAAGGGUUCCAGCUUCCAGGAUUUAUUUGAAUCUCUUGUUUGUUGGACGAUCCUAGUAUUGUGUUUGAGGAUUCACAGAGCUGAUCUAUCUGUUGUAAAUUUGUGAUCGGAGGUUCAACCAAUCGAUCAAACUAAGGAGAUAUCAUCGAUCAUGUAAACCGUUGCAUGAAUUUGGGAGCUUGGGAUCAGGUGGAGUCGCGGUCUAACCCCUAAUUCCUUCCUCCCAAUCCCAUUCCACCGCCUCUGACACGCGCAGGGAGAGACUGCCGAUUUGGUGGUGUAGAGGAAAAGUUGGGGUUUGAAUGGAUAGAGUCUGCUGGCCAUACUUCGAUCCCGAGUACGAGAACCUCAGUCUCCGAAUCAAUCCUCCAAGGGUGUCUGUCGAUAACUCCACUUGCAAGGACUCUACCCUGGUUAAGGUGGACAGCGUGAACAAGCCAGGCAUAUUACUGGAAGUGGUGCAAGUCCUCACCGACCUUGACCUCGUCAUCACCAAAGCUUACAUCUCCUCUGAUGGCGGGUGGUUCAUGGACGUGUUUCACGUCACUGACCAACAAGGGAAUAAGGUUACAGACACAAAGACCAUUGAAUAUAUAGAGAAGGUUUUAGGACCGAAAGGCCAUACUGUGGCCACAAAUGGAGUGAAGACUUGGCCGGGGAAGAGGGUGGGGGUACACUCCAUUGGUGAUCACACAGCUAUUGAACUCAUUGGCAAGGAUCGCCCAGGUCUUCUGUCAGAGAUCUCAGCCGUUCUUGCCAAUCUCCAUUGUAAUGUUGUUGCAGCAGAGGCCUGGACCCAUAACAUGCGUGUAGCUUGUGUAUUUUAUGUCAAUGAUGACACUACAUGUCAGGCUGUGGAUGACCCAAUCCGGUUAUCAGCAAUGGAGGAACAACUCAAGAACAUCCUACGUGGACAUGAGGAUGAUGGGAAAGCAGCUCAAACCAGUUUCUCCAUGGGGCUUACUCAUAUGGAUCGUCGUCUCCACCAAAUGAUGUUCGCAGAUAGGGACUAUGAAGCUGGUGGAGUGACUGGAGACAUAGAUUAUGCUCCAUCUUUCCGGCCAAUUAUCACAGUUGAUCGUUGCGAGGACAAGGGGUAUUCAGUGGUGACUGUCCGGUGCAAAGACCGGUCAAAAUUGAUGUUCGAUAUUGUGUGUACACUAACAGACAUGCAAUAUGUUGUCUUUCAUGCUGCCAUCUCAUCUGAUGGUCCCUCUGCUCUACAGGAAUAUUAUAUACGUCAUAUGGAUGGUUGCUUACUUGACACUGAGGGAGAGAAAGAAAGGGUUGUCAAGUGUCUUGAAGCUGCAGUUCGGCGAAGAGUAUGUGAGGGUCUAAGCUUAGAGCUUUGUGCAAGGGACAGAGUAGGAUUACUAUCCGAAGUAACUAGGGUUCUCCGCGAGAAUGGAUUGUCUGUUACAAGAGCAGGGGUGACAACAGUUGGUGGGCAAGCAAUGAACAUAUUCUAUGUGAAAGAUGCUUCUGGGAAUCCCGUAGAUAUGAAGACUAUUGAAGCACUUCGUAAAGAAAUUGGACACACUAUGAUGUUCAAUGUGAAGAAAGUCCCAGAUGCAAGUGACAAAGAACCCGAGUCUAGAGGAUGGGCCAAGUCAAGCUUCUUUUUUGGGGGCUUGUUUGAGAGGUUCAUGGCUUGAAAUAUGUACCUUAACUCACAUUAACUCAUUUAAUGUAUAGUACUUUGAAGAUGUUCAGUGCAAGAUGUGGAAAGGAUGAUAUAUAUUUGAAUAUAAUAUUGUAGCAUAAUUCUCUCUUAA